AUGGGUCUCCUAUCGCCCCGAGGAAUGCCGUGGUCCAAAGAGCCGCCAAAGCCAAAGGCACACAUCCAAGCCUUCAUCCGCCAGAACGAAUCACAAGAACGGCUGGACAUGCCACCGGCACCGGUCAGAAGCUACAGCACACCUUCUUCCCGUCAACCGCAGUGGCCAGAACGGAGCACUGCGCCCAUGCCGCCUAACCAAACGACCAGAUGGACCAAUGCAAGGCCGGUUGCUAAGCGUGCCGAGACGGAGCCUCUGCCUAACCUCCCGCCCAGGCCAUUGAACUCUCGGCCGGGCGAAGGUCCAAAGUUUGGCUUCCUUGGCAAGAAGGAUGAAUAUUGGACCCCAAAAAGCAACGGGGCCAUCAUGAGAGAUGACAUGAUGCUGUACUAUGAUGGGAGGAGAAGAUGA